ACGCGGAAAGCUUGGUUUUUCUAUGUUGAAUACAAUUACUCUUUGGUUUAGUUCGUCGUGGAAAGUCGAACAGAGCAGACGUGCACGAUGUCCGAAAGCUUUAAACUUGGUGAUCUUGUGUGGGCCAAGAUGAAGGGGUUCAGCCCUUGGCCCGGCCGGGUAGCCAUCCCUACGCCGGAGCUCAAGCCUCCCAAGAAGGCGAUGAACGUCCAAUGCAUUUAUUUCUUCGGAACCAAUAACUAUGCUUGGAUCGAGGACAACAACAUCAAGCCUUACCAGGAGUACAAGGAGCAGCUCAUCAAGUCCUGCAAGACGGCCGCCUUCAAGGAGGCUGUUAACCAGAUUGAGGAGUUCAUUGUCAACCCUGAGAAAUUCGGUGACCUCGACGAGCAUGCAGUGAAUGCCGAGGAGGAGUUUGACAAACUGAAGGAUGUCAUGGAGGAAGAGGAGAAUCAGGAGGAGAAGCCAGCUGACGAGGAAGUGGCCGGCCCUGCUUCUGAGCCCACCACCUCUAAGAAGAAGAGCGCUACUCCUAAGAUACGUUUGGGCAUUUCAAAGGUCAAGCCUAUAAAACGGUCGUCGUCAGCCGGCACCAAGUCGACUCCUCGGAAGAAGAGUAAGGGCGUCUCGCGGUCUUACACGGACAUCGAGACGGCCAAUGAGAAGCCGUCGAUGCUGAACCACUCCUUCUCGAAGAAAUCCAGUCUGCUGCAUCGUCCAUCUAAUAUUCGACGCCCAGACACUCCACCGCUGGACCUGGAGAACGUAUCAGAGACGUUAUUGGAGAAGAACAUCCAGGCUUCUCAGAUGAAGUUCGGCUUUCUCGGGCUGGGCAUCAUGGGCAGCGGCGUGGUGAAGAACCUUCUCAACUCAGGACAUAAGGUGGUCAUCUGGAACAGAACUGCCGCUAAGUGCAAAGACUUCGAGAAGGUGGGAGCCACGCUAGCGACGACACCCUGUGACGUGGUCGAGGAGGCUGACAUCACCUUCUCAUGCGUCGCAGACCCUCAAGCAGCUAAAGAGAUGGUAUUCGGCAACUGCGGCGUGCUGCACUGUCCCUCGCUGGAGUCCAAAGGCUACGUGGAGAUGACGUCGAUAGACUCGGACACGUCACACGACAUCGUCGAGGCUAUUAGCGGGAAGGGAGGACGGUAUUUGGAAGCCCAGAUCCAAGGCUCAAAAACUCAAGCAGAAGAAGGUACGCUGAUCAUCCUCGCGGCCGGAGACAGAUCACUGUUCGACGACUGCCAGUCCUGCUUCAAGGCGAUGAGCAAGAACUCCUUUUACCUUGGUAGCGACAUCGGCAACGCGUCGAAGAUGAACUCGGUGCUGCAGGUGGUGGGCGGCGUGUCGCUGGCGGCGCUGGCGGAGGGGCUGGCGCUGGCCGACCGCGCCGGCCUCAACCAGGCCGACCUGCUCGACGUGCUCGCGCUCACGCCGCUAGCCUCGCCGCACCUCAUACUCAAGGGACGAGCAAUGAUAGAAUCGUCGUACUCCACCCACCAGCCUCUAAUGCACAUGCAGAAGGACCUCAAGCUAGCCCUAGGUCUUGGAGACACCCUGGAGCAAUCCCUGCCUCUCACAGCCACCACCAACGAGAUCUUCAAGCAUGCCAAGCGCCUCGGCUACGCGAACCAUGAUGUCGCCGCCGUAUACAUCCGCGCUAGGUUCUGAGCUCAGGACAACGGGACCUGCGAUUCUGUGACCUUAAUUACACAAAAUAAUGAAACAACACAGUAAUUUGUUACUCUAACGGCCCUUUCACACGGCAGUCCAGUUUUUUGCAGGAUACCGUUUUUUGCAGGAUCCCGUUUGAUCGCAAAAGAUAUUAUAUGUUAGCGUUCACACGAGCAAACCGCAUGCAGGAUCCUGCAAAAUGCUGUUCCCGUCGAUUUGUGCGAUUCGGUUUUGUCACUUUAAACUGGAUCGUUCGUCCAGUCAAAAGCGGGAAUCCUGCAAAAACGGACGCUGUGUUCACACGUAGUUCAGUUUUGCAGGAUACAGUAAAAUGCCGGUCCCGCAAAACUGGACUGCCGUGUGAAAGGGCUGUAAAGCUGUCUAGGAUACUUGGGCAUUACUUCCGAAGUAGUUGGUGAGUUUGAAGUUUGAAUGCGCGGGAGAAAUUUUAAAAACGUUAUUGCAUAGAUAAAAUCAAACUUGCUAAUUAAUUUUGGAAGGUAGUGUAAUUAUUUCCAAGAUCUUAUUGAAUGGAUGAUAAACUCUCAGAGUGGUUUGUGUCUCUUCCGUCAUAGGUAUCUUCUACUUUCUGUGUUUGAAGUGACUUUUAUAAAAGAAUUUGGUAGGAGAUUGAGAAAGAUAGAAUGAAAAGAGUGGCGUGGGUUAUAUCUAUGCUAUGUUCGUAGGUUAGUAAAUAAGGAAUGUUAUAUGGUCCCUACGGGUUUGAAUCUUAAAACCUUUUUUUAUGAAACCAAAGGGUAUAAGUAACUAAUAAAAUAUAUUCCGUAAAAGUCACUUCAUUCAACUGUUCGAUAAUACUUUAAUCUUAGGUCAUCGAACUAUUGACGAUACAUUAUUAUUUUAGUUUAUUCAGUUCAAAAAGAUUGAUUUGUUGUGAGUAAAAAUCAAGGAAAUUCAGGGUAUGUUCGUUGAAUCUAUUCGAUGAUUAUUAUUUUAUUGCGUAAAUAAUUAUGUUUUUAUCAAAACCAAUAUGAAUUUUCAAAAUAUUGGCUCAAAAUUGCAAUCAAAAGAAAUAUUUGUAUACUCGUAAAUCGAAUGACCAAUCUUUCUCAAUAAUCGAAGUUCUAAUAUAUUUUUAUGAAACUUGUAACGUAUUUUAAUCGCCAAGAAUUCUCAUUUCUGUCUGUGUGCAUAACAGUGAGAACGCGUGUCCAUGGGUAAUUUUAGAUAUAAAUAGUGGACUUUUAAAAGUAUUGUUUUUAGGCAGUGCUUGUAAAUAUAGCAUUUUAUUAAAAAAUAGAGUAGCUUCCUCAUUUUAAAUUCGUCACAAACUUGUGUAUAUUACUUCCAUUUAGUUGGACAUAAAGGCUUCGGCUGUGUCAUAUGCCUGCGUAUAAGCAUUCAUGAAAAAUGACGAUAUUUAAGUGAUGGAGCUACUCCGUAUGUAUUUUAGCUACUCAUAUGACUUAAAGUGCAAAUGAUUUAAUCAAUAUUAUGUAUCAAUGUCUAAUAUGAAAACGAGUAAAUAAGCUAUACUAUUAAACACAAGUUAAAUCAAUUUCAGUGUUGUAUUAGACAGUUUUAAAAUUACAUUAGCCGAUUUUGAAAUAUCUUAAUGUUGUAAUACCUCAGAAUAAUUUGAUGUGAAUUCAAUAUCAAUUAGUAAAUGUUCGCAGUCACAGAACCGUAAGCGUCCCAAAUAGAACAUUGAAUUAAUUUUAUUGUGGAAAUGUUAAUAUAAGACAAUCUAUUAGAUAAGUCACAAUGCAACGUCUGUUUACUUGAAUAAACGGUUUACACUAAUACCUUCUCAUUUUAUUGUAGUGUUGCAAGAAGAACGUCGUAAAUUAAGUAUUUUACUAUAGUGAAUUUUCGAAAAUAAUUUAAACCCUAUUUUUUGACGAAUAUGAAUGUGUUUAACCUUGAAUCAUGUUUUGUAAUAUUUUAAUUUGAAGUCAAGUGUGGGGACGUUCCUCAAUAGUCUCGGUUUUAGUUUAAGAUUUAAUUGACGAGAAUCAUGUUGAGUUGUUAUCUCCCGAGUGGUGUAUGUUGCGUUAUGUUACGUAUUUCUCAAUUUAUUGUCAUCCUAUGAUAAGCUACAAUAAACUAUGAUUAAUAAAUAAUA